UAGUUUCUCCGGCGGAGCUGGAGAGCAGUGUCGUCCUGGACCUCGCAGGGAUUAAACGCGCAGCGGCAGAAGGACCAUGUUUUCCGGGAGCCUGAGCCUGAGCCUGAGCGUGUGCGCCACGCUGUGUUUGUGGAUUACGGCGCCGGCGGGCGCCGGGAGCUCCGCCAGCAGCAGGGACGACUCCUUCUUCACGGGCAGCGUUUACCGAGCGAGAUGCGCGUCUCGGUGCCUCAGUCUGCACAUCACCCGCAUCUCCGCCUUCUUCAAGCACUCGCAGAAUAACGGGUCCUUGGUUUGGUGCCAGAAUCACAAGCAGUGCUCCAAGUGCCUGGAGCCCUGCAAGGAAUCCUGGGACCUGAAGGAAAACCAGUGCCAAGACUUAUGCGAGCCCCUGUUUCCCAAGAAGCACUACGAGUGCCUGACGAGCUGCGAGUUCCUGAAGUCGGUGGAGGGCGUGAAGCAGGGCGACUGCCCCGCGCCGGAGAAGGCCAGCGGCUUCGCCGCCGCCUGCGUGGAGAGCUGCGAGGAGGACGGCGAGUGUUCGGGGGUCAAGAAGUGCUGCUCCAACGGCUGCGGCCACACCUGCCAGCUGCCCAAGAACCUCUACAAAGGGGUCCCUCUGAAGCCGAGGAAAGAGCUGGUCUUCUCGGAGCAGCCGUCGGGUCAGCUGGAGAUCCGCUGGUCCUCCAAGUUCAACAUCUCCGUGGAGCCCGUCCUCUACGUGGUGCAGCGCCGCUGGAACUACGGCAUCCAUCCCAGCGAGGACGACGCCACAGAGUGGCAAACCGUGGCACAGACUGCAGAGGAGCGCAUCCAACUGGAUGACAUCAGAGCCAGCAGAUGGUAUCAGUUCAGAGUUGCAGCAGUCAAUGUCCACGGGACCCGCGGCUUCACUGCGCCCAGCAAACACUUCCGCUCCUCCAGAGAUCCGUCGGCGCCGCCCAGCCCGGCCGGCCUGCGUGUGGUGAACACGACGCUGGGCGAGGACGGACUCGUCACGGUCCGCCUCAACUGGACCCUGGCGGAGGAGCCCGACAUCCCCGUGCACCACUACAAGGUGUUCUGGAGCUGGACCGUGCCCAGCAGGUCCAUGGUGCCGUCCAAGAAGAAGAGGAGGAAGACGACCAGCGGGGCCCAGACCUGGCUGGACCUGGACGGGCUGCAGCAGAACUGCAGCUACACGGUGGAGCUGCAGGGCGUCACCUACUGGGGGCAGGUGCGUCUGAAGAGCUCCAAGGCCUCGCUCCACUUCAGCACCGCCCAGAACAACGACUCAGCUAAGUCGGUGCUCAAGUCCAAGAAGGAGGAGACGUCCCUGGCGAAGCGGCCGUCCGGCCCGCUGGAGGUCGGCACGCCGUUCUACCAGGACGGCCAGCUGCAGGUCCGCGUUUACUGGAAGAAGCGGGGAGACCCGAGCGUGAGCCGCUACCACGUCCAGUGGAUGCCCGAGUACUGCAGCCACAACGAGAGCCGGGGGCCGGAGAAGUCGGUGACGCAGGAGAACUACAUCAACCUCCCCGGGCUGCUGUUCUCCUGCAAGUACAAGGUCACCGUUCACCUGCUGAAGUCCAAGCGCCGCGCCAAGGACGAGAGCACCACCUUCCUCACCCCUUCCUGCGCCACCAUCCGGAGCAAGACCCACAAGCACGUCCCGUGCCCGGGGGAGGGAGCUUCGGGGCCUCCGAAGGUUUUGGCGAAGCCGGAGAACCUGACGGCGUCCUUCUCCAUCAGCGACGGGAACAUCACAGGGAGUUUCCUGUGGCGGGUGUCCAGGGUGGCCCCCCACCAGCGGAUCACGGGCUUCCAGGUCACCUGGGCCGAGAUCAACACGGAGAGCCGGCAGAACAGCCUCCCCAAUAGCAUCAUCUCCCAGUCGCAGAUCCUGCCGCCAGAUCACAACCUGCUGGUGGUGUCCAGCCUGCGGCCGUCCACCUACUACCGACUGGAGGUGCAGGUCAUCACGACGGGGGGCGAGGGCCCCGCCACGGUGAAGACCUUCCAGACGCCCAACGUAUCCCCCGUCAGUCAGCACCGACCCCGACUCCGGCAGCAUCACUCCCAUCACCAGAAGCCGUCGGUGGAGCGACACUGAGAGCGCAGGUCCAAGCAAACCCAACAGGUCGAAGUACGAGGGAGGGACGCGUGGAAGCGAACCGUGAACCCCCCCCCCAAAACCCCUAAACCAGCCGUCUGCUCAUGAAACAUGGAUCUGUGUACUCCAGGCUCCACAACACCUCAGCUUCUCCUCCCUGAACCCUCCGUCUUGACUCAGACAUCAGCCGGGCGGGUUUUGCGUGUACAGUUAAAUUUCUACAACGGUCUCCUCUCCUGUGUCGGCUAGCGCGCCGCUAGCUUCCCUCCUCCGACUCAUCCCAGACUCAUAUGGAAGUGAUGGAGGUUCCUGGAAGAGCCAGAUCCCAGAACCCCAGAAAUGUCCCUGCGAUCCAGCCGUUGCCGUGAGCGACAGAAGCGGCUUUGAUUGCACUCGUGUAAAACGCGCGGCUGGAGGAAACCCGAUCGCUCUGGGAAGUCGACGGGAAGACGCCUUUGGAUGCUCGGAAACGCCCGAAGUUUUUGAAAUCAUGAAGAAAGAAAAAGUAGAAACUCCUCUAUUUAUUUUGUUUUUCCCAUUAAAGAGGCGCUUAGACGCAGAUGUACUGAUGGAUAUCGUAACUAAAGUCCUUGUCGUCUAACCCAGAAUAUCUCCCGUAGUACGUUGCAUGUAGUACAUUUGAUUUUCCAGCUAUAAAUGAAUUACUUGCUUCAAAUUGAAGGCUUGUAAUGGUUUUGCAUGACAACCGUUGGCAUGACAUGUCUGUGUUACCUCUUUUUCAAUAUGUUAGCAAUAUUUCCUUAACAGAUUAACAAAGAAUUAUAUUGGAAGUAAUAUGUAAUGUUUAUUAAUGAAAUUAUAAACUCGUGUGGAGAUGAUGAAUUGUACAUGUUCUUGGCUGUAGAAAUAUUUGUCGUGGAACAGUCAGUGAGUGUCUAUAUUUAUUUAUGUGUGUAUUACAAAGCUUGGUUUGGAUGUGUGUGAAUGUGGAUGUUUCGUGUGUUGUAGUCUCCGAUUUUUGAACCGACUAAAAAAGAAAAAAAAAUGAAUAAAAAAAAAAAAUCUUGUAAAGACAUUUUGUAAAAAUGGAAUUGUAAAUACAGUCUUAUGUUACAUGUUAUUUUUCCAUGGUAGAAACUGUAAAAAAAAAACCCAACUAAGUAAUAAAACAAU